AUGGUGGCCAAGCACAGAACUAAGUUGUCCAAGAACCUGCUGCACAUGAAGUUCAUGCAAAGGGGAUUGGACUUGGAAACCAAGAAACAACUAGAAGAGGAAGAAAAAAAAAUCAUUAGUGAAGAGCACUGGUACUUGGAUUUGCCCGAGCUUAAAGAAGAAGAGAGUUUCAUAAUGGAAGAGCAGAGUUUGUUGUUAUGUGAAGAUUUUCUCUAUGGAAGAAUGUCAUUCAGAGGAUUUAAUCCUGAGGUUGAGAAAGUAAUGCUUCAGAUGAAUGCUAAGAACAAAGCAGAAGGAGUUGAAGAGGAAACAGUGGAGCUCGAUGUGUCAGAUGAAGAAAUGGCCAGAAGAUAUGAGACCUUGGUGGGGACAAUUGGGAAAAAGUUUGCCCAAAAAAGAGACCAUGCCAGUUAUGAAGUUGAAAAUGGAGACAUGAAACCAAUUAAAGCAAAGAUGUUCUUAAACCCCCAAGAUUAA